AUGAGCAUAGGUGUCCCAAUCAAACUAUUGCAUGAAGCUGAAAACCAUGUGAUUACAAUUGAGCUAAAAACUGGCGAAUUGUAUAGAGGAUAUUUAGUUGAUGCAGAAGACACAAUGAACUGCAGAUUGGAAACAGUGACUGUCACAUCUCGUGAUGGGAAUGUAUAUGUUUUAGAGCAAGUUUAUAUCAGAGGCGCACAAAUAAGAUUUGUGAUUGUGCCUGAUAUGUUCAAAAAUGCACCGAUGUUUAAAAGAAUCAAACAGACUUCAACAGGAAAAGGAAUAGCAAUUACGAGAGGAAGAGGGUUGAGAGGGAAGGCAGGUUUGCUAACAGCACAGCAAAGAGGAAAACAGGUAAUGAUGCCAUUAAAGAAUGAGCUAAGAUUCUAA